AUGAGCAAUUCGAGCACCCAUUCUUACCAUAUCUUAGUCUUCUGGUCAUGGUUCCCAAUUGGUAGCUGCGGUGUUCGGACCGCCCUGCUUUACAUCUCGUCCCUCACCAUCUUCGUCCUUCGCGUCGGCCAAAUGCAUAUCGGUCCGAGAACCGCUGGAUCCUCCUUCCAAGUCUUCAGGUCUUUCUCUAUAUUCCAGAUCGUACAAACUUUUGGCUGGUACAUUUUCUCGGCUUGGUGGUUCACCCUGAUUUACGUUUGGUCGUCAUCGCCUGAUGCCAAUCUGCAGCUGGUCAAACUUGGCAGACCACACGAACGCCCGACCUUGAAUGAACGACCCAUUUACCUCCACUCCUUCCAUAUCUUCCUUGCGUGCGUGCAGGCAGUAUUCCACCUAUACCACGACUACGACCGUGUUCCCGUCCCCAUUGCCGAGCAGAGCUCAAAGAAGAACGAUGAGCGCACGCAUCCAGUGCAACCGACCUCUAAAUAUCUUCAGGCAGCUCUACCUCAACAAUUGGCAGAUGGAGCUGUACGUGCCAUCACUGUCGCAGGAGCGACGCUCUUGGUGUACCCCAUCUUCUUCAGACAGGCCGCUUGGGGCUGGUCUUUGUACAUGGCCAAAUUGUUUUGGAGCUUCCAAAGAUCGGCAGCCGAGCCCCAAAGCUUUAUUCCUACCAUUUUCCCCUACUUCUUCUUCCGAACCUUGCUUCCUGGCCUCCUGCUAGUCCUUUGCUGGCAAAGCUCCAACCUCUUUUACUCCGUUUUCAUUGGCAAGGAGCCAUUGAAACGGGGUCAGCCGCUCACAACAGAUGCCAAGGACCCCAACGGCAGCCUCCUCAAUGGACUUAAGGCCAAGAAGGAGGUGGUGAAGACUUUCGCUCUCUGGGAACUUGGAUUGAUCAGUCAGCGCGUUCCUGAUCGCCGCAAGACAAUCUUCAACGAAAUCGAUCGCGAGGGUGGAUCUGCGUGGUCACAGGUCCUUGCUUCUACCACCGAGAUUAUCCAGGCUGUCAACAUCCGCAUUGAAGAGAGCAAGAACCCUGCCCCAGCUGCGAAGCCAGUUAUGCAGGCCGAGAAGUCGGAACCUGUUCUCCACAAUCUUCCGCGCCUGACAGACCCGAUUAAAGAUGACAAUAUUUUUACCACUGCGCCAAAGGCUACGUCUCGUCAGGACCGCUUUGGCGAUGCAUUCAGCUCAACGGCCAAGUCCUUCGGUCAGUCAGAGGACUGGACACCGACUGCACGAGCCAGGGUCCGUGAUGUAUUUGAUCGUGCAUCUUCAGCCGUGCUUAGCCCCGAGCAAAAGCAGAAAUAUCUUGCCUCUACCCAGAAGUUCAAGCUCCUGACCGGAGGCCCAUCCACGACCUACAAACCAGAGGAUGUAAACCCUGUUCUGGUCCAGUUCCUCCGCUCGCCCAUUGGCCAACCUUUCCGACAGACAUACUCUCAGCGUUUGUCUUCCAUCGUAUUUGGAACUCCCGAAUCCUCCUUGUGUUCGAUAGUGGAUGCUGUGGAGUGUUUGACUCGCCUACUUGUUGCUAGUUUGGCAGAGGACCCGUACGGCAAAGUCCAGGCCGAUGUUCCCGCUGCGGUGCGACUGUUCACCCAAACCAUUCUUUCUCUGGAUGCAUUCGCUCACCAGGGUGGUUUGGACGCGCACUGGACCGAUGUCAACUUCCCACCAUCCAGCAACCCCCAGGCACAAGAAGAUGCCCGCCGGGUACCAGAAGUCGAGAUUCUUCUCACUACACUUCGUAGCAGUCUCAAUGAUCUGCUGACAGCCUUUAAGCCGUAUCUGCGGGACAUUGGCGUGGCGGGUAAAGAUUUGAGACUAGCGAGAGAAGCGGCAGGUAUUGAAGCAGAGGAGCCCUCAUCAUGA